UCAAUUGCUAUGUUGGGCUUCCCGCCGCGGCUGAACCCUCAAACUCUGUAAAAGAGUUGUCUUACGGAGAUACUGCGCCGGUGCACUUAAAGGGAACGCUGCGUUUGAACGUUGGCGGUUUUCCGACGACAGUUCCUGUGGGACGAGAGAAACGAUUUAAAGAAGAAGCCAUGGCAGUUCGAUCGGCUGAAAAACGCAACCCCUCACAAAGAUCAGGGUUUUCGAUUCAUAAGCUUUACAAGAACCCUAAAGUACUCUUCGCAUUCGCUCUGCUUUUUCUCGACGUCCUUCUUGUCGCUCUAAUCAUCGCUUAUGUCCCUUACACGAAGAUUGAUUGGGACGCUUACAUGUCACAGGUUAGUGGAUUUCUUAAAGGAGAGCGAGAUUACAGCAACUUGAAAGGGGAUACAGGGCCUUUAGUCUACCCAGCUGGGUUUCUUUAUAUUUACUCUGCCAUGCAGUUUGUUACUGGAGGUCAAGUCUUCCCUGCGCAGAUACUCUUUGGUGUUCUUUACAUUGUGAAUCUCGGAAUCAUCUUAUUCAUAUAUGUGAAGAGUAAUGUGCUUCCGUGGUGGGCUCUUUCCUUGCUUUGUCUCUCUAAAAGAGUUCACUCGAUUUUUGUUCUUCGUUUGUUCAAUGACUGUUUUGCCAUGACUCUCCUCCAUGCUGCACUAGCCUUAUUUCUUUACCAAAAGUGGCAUCUAGGUUUAAUAAUUUUCAGUGGAGCUGUUUCCAUAAAGAUGAAUGUGCUUCUAUAUGCUCCCCCUUUGUUGCUCCUCAUGCUGAAGGCUAUGGAUAUUGCUGGCGUGAUAUCUGCUUUAGCAGGUGCAGCAUUACUGCAGAUUCUUCUGGGGCUGCCAUUUAUAUUAUCUUAUCCAAUUUCAUAUAUAUCAAGAGCCUUCAAUCUUGGGCGGGUCUUCAUCCACUUUUGGUCUGUUAACUUCAAAUUUGUUCCUGAACCGGUUUUUGUUUCGAAGGAAUUUGCAGUCUCUUUACUGAUUACUCAUCUGGUUGUGCUUACAGUUUUUGCUCAUUAUAUAUGGUGCAAGCACGAAGGAGGACUGCUCUGUUUCUUGCAGUCAAAAUUAAACCAAAUGAGGCUCAGCUUUGCUAUUUCAAGCUCCUCUCUUAAACAAUUUUACAUUGGCAACUCAACCUUCAAGCUUCUCAAAAAAGAGCAUAUUGUGACCACUAUGUUUGUUGGGAAUUUCAUUGGCAUUGUAUGUGCCCGAUCCCUGCAUUAUCAGUUUUACUCUUGGUAUUUCUAUAGCUUACCAUAUCUACUAUGGAAAACACCAUUUCCUACAUUGAUACGUUUGAUUUUGUUUAUGGGGGUGGAACUAUGCUGGAACAUCUACCCGUCAAACAUUUAUUCAUCGGUCCUGCUUCUUAGUAUUCACCUAGUUAUACUGGGAGGGCUCUGGGUUGCUACACCUGCAUACCCUUAUAGAGAUGGUGAAUCAUUGAUGAGAGAGAAAGGCGAAUGAAGCACCAAGGCUUCUGCCUCUUUUGUUUAAAAUUUUGUACAUUGUUUAUUCCCUCCCAAUUUUCAAUCUAAAAUCUUGGAUGUAAAACUGUCAAAGAUACACUACACUAGCCUUCUCUUUAUGGGUCAUUUGUAAGUUAUUUUUAUAAAAAGACAAACGGGAUUUUCAUCACUGUGGGGUGAUUAAAUGUACAUAAAUUUAUUUCACGCAUGGAAAAAUCAUUUUCGUGAAUGGAAUAU